GGAGGACGCCUCUGCGGCUGCGGUGUCGAAGAGCUUGCGCUCGGCGAUGCGACAGCAUCACGCGGAUCGUGCGGGCGGCACGGCGGCUGGCUGGGCUGCGUGUGAGGAGGUCGGCCGCUGCCUCCGCCAGGACGCGGCCCGCAGCGCGUACUUGGAAGGUCGCGGCCAUGAGUACUUCGUGAAGCACUACGGCGACGACCCGGCGGAGCAGCUGGCGAAGAUUAAAAAAGAGCAUGAGUCUGCGCUGACGGAGCACCGCGCCCGGUUGGCGGGAGCCAAUCGGGCGCAACAGUCGAGCUCGAUACGACCGGAGGGGCCGCGCAGGAUUGAGGACAAGACGCUCCUGCCUACCCGGCUGCCAAAGACGAGCGCGAGGCAGUACUCCAUCGAACAUGAGGAAUGGGUGGACGGCAAAAACUUCCCCAGCGUGCGGACGCGUGUCGAUUGGGCGUCUCGGCUCACCGACAGCAUGCUGGAAAAGGGCUGCUACUACGAGCUGGAGGUGGCCUCGGUCCUCGGCCCUCGGUCCGCUUCGCCGCCGGACUCGUCAUACGUAAGGCGAUACAAGGGGCUGCAGACUCACUUCGAGUUGAGCCUCUGCGACGAGAGUGCCGCCCCUCGGACAUUUCACCUUCGCGUGCGUGCUCGUGCGGCGGAUGGGUCCUUCGCAUCAGAAUGGUCUGAGCCGCAGUCGGUGGUUGUGAGUGAGCUCGAUCAGCUGCGCGAUUGGGCGUCUGAGGAGAUGCUCAAGCAGCUCAAGAGCCUCGCCAAGCGCGCUACCGACGCGCAGGCGGCGUUUAAGCAGCAGCACUUUUCCUUCCCGUUCGCCAGGCUCGUCGACGACUUGCAGGCAGCUGUGCUUGAGGCCAACGCGGACAACUUCCAGGGAAGCAGCGUGCUACUGCCGGGCCGCUUGCUGAAGAAGAAAAGACGUUUGUGCAUGGUCUACACGCGCGACAUAUCCGCCGAGUGGCACGCGCGUCUCGGCAAGGCCCUCGCUGACACACAAGAGCUUCAGCGGGCGGCGGAGGCGGAGGUCGCCGCUCAGAAAGCCGUCGCUCGGUGGGGGCAUGGCUGGCGUGGCCGCGCCGACGCCCUGAAGGAGUCGGCGAUUCGCCAGUACAGUGGCUGCGUGGGGGCCGGGCGCGAUGACGAUGGAGUGCAGGCGCUGCGCGAUGCGGCUGCGGAGCUUGACGACUGGCGCACGGGGAUUCGCACGGGCAGCGCGCCCGAAGACGUGAGGAGCCCCGAGAUCAGGGCCGCGUGCGUGCGACCCGCCAGCUGCUCGCACGGCGCACACUCGGCCGUGCUCAACUACCUCAUCAAGUGCAAGCGAGAGCUUGAGGCGCGCAUCGAGACGGUAGCGGCGCGCCGUCGGCAGGAGGCGGAGCGGCAGCGCAAAGAGGAGGAGCGUCGGCGGAAGGCGGAGCGGCAGCGCGAGGCGGCAGAGAGUGCGAGGCUGCGCCUCGAGGAGCAGCAGCGCGAGGAGUCGCUCGCGGCGCUGGAGAGAUCGCGCAGCAAGGCGGCGAGGCGCGCGCCACAGGGGGGGCUGACGGCGGAGCAGACCGCGGAUGGCGAGCGGCGGCGGGCCGCGGCUCUGGAGGAGAUCGAGGCGAUGGCGUGGCAGCCGCCAGGGCGGGUGGAACACCCAAAGGAGCCAAAGGCGGAGGCGACCAAGGUGGAGGAGCGGGCGGUGGACGCUCGCGGCAAGGGCGCGAAGCUUUGCUCGACGCACCGCGCCGUGCUCGUCGACUCCGGGCGCGCCAUCGCCAGCGGUGCCGUCAGCCAGGCGGCCGUGCAUGCGGCGCUCGAGGAGUACGGCCGCGUCUGGCUCAUGCAGCAGAUGGGGAGCAAGUGGGUGGUCACCUUCCGGGCGGCGUCGGCGGCUAGCUCGUUCAUCGCCUCCGGUGCGCUCGUCGUGGAGGGGGCUCCGCGGCCCUUCAAGGCGGAGCACUUUGAUGUCGUCGGCAAGAAGAACUCGGCCGACGAGGACCGGCUGCGUACCUUGCUGGUCAAGAUGGAGCACCCCUCCAGGCUCGGAUCGAUGCAGAUCGAGGACUGUCGCGAGCCGAGCGCGCCGGUUGCCGCCGGCACCAGCCUCGACUGGAGCAUACGGCUCACGAACCGCGGGAGACAGCCGCGGACGCUGCUCUCUGUGGAGCUUCCGUACCAGCCCGCGGACGCGGCCGUCUGCUUCAGCCUCAAGGGGACGCCGCAGUCCAAGGGCAAGCCGGUGCAGCUCUCGCAGACCUUCUCCCACACGCAGGCGGUCCGCCUCGUGUCGCGGCCAGGCGCGGCAGGCGUGUUUCGCACCCGGCUCGUCUUCAACUUCUCGACGUGCGUGCUCGAGCACGAGGUGGCGGUGGAGGUGGGCGACGCCGCGCCUCCGCGUUCGCUCGCCGCGACGGCGGCGGCGGCGGCGGAGGCCCGGCCGCUCCCCGAGGAGGCGAGGGGUGCGCCUUCUUCUGCGGCCGCCGCCACCGCGCCUGUCCCUGUGUCUGAACCUGUUCCUGUCGAGCCCUCGCAUCCGGAGGAGCUCAUCUGCCCGCUCACACACGAGCUCUUCGUGGACCCCGUGACCACGCCGUAUGGGCACGCGUACGAGCGGAAGUCGAUCCUCGAGCACAUCCGCCUCAACGGCGGCCCGGCGGGCGCGCCCGACCCCCUCACCGGCAGGAUCCUCAACGAGAGCAUGCUCACCUCCUCCUUCACCCUCAGAGGGCUGGCUGACAGCCAGCGCCGGCAGCCCUCCUCCGCGCCGGCUGCGCGCCCCACGGAGGUGUCCCAGGCGCCACCCGCCGGUGCGACGGCUGCGGCGGAGCCGCCGCGCCCGCAGCCGGAAGCGGCGUCCUCUUCGGCGCCGCCCGCGCCGGCACCUGCGCAGGAGGGCUUGGUGCCAAAGGUCAAGCGCAUCAAGGACGUGCUCGAGCUCGAGGCGACCCUCUCCCUGCCCGCCGCCAUCCGCACGGCGAACGAACUCAUGGGGCUGCCCGCCACUGGGUCGCUGGUGGCGCAGGCCACGGCGCUGCUCGAAGCGCUGGGGAUCUCCUGAGACAGAUCUCUGCCACUGCGCGGAGCUGAUUGUCUCGUCUUCUACUGUUUUGUGUGGGUCCACGCAGGCUGGGUGCUGGGUGGGGCGUCUGUGGUCUUGCUCGUGCUGAGCUCGUGGGGGGGGGGUCAAACGAUCCUAGCCGUCUUGCGUCU